AUGAGCCCGAUUUCGGUCCGUCAUUUGAUACCAGUUCUUUCGCUGUGCCUUUGUGCACAGUACUCGGCAGCAUUUGGUUUGCCCAAUCCUGGUCUCGGUCGCUUCACCUCGAGUUUGGCGGCAUCUACCUUGAAAACCACGUCGGUAACUGACGGCACCACCCCCAGCGAUGACGCCAAAAUUGUCCAAUUUGGAGGAUCUGCACUUCCUCAAGAAAAGCCCGACAAGCAGAUUGUGGGCGGAAAAGGUCUUGGCCUUCAAAUCAUGUCUGGAAUUGGAGUCUCUGUCCCACCAGGGUUUACUCUGACUACCCCUGUCUGCCAGGAGUUUCAAGAUUCUGGCGACCUCUCGGAUGAAAUGUGGGCGGCUGUUCGAGAAGCUGUCAAGAGAAUCGAAAAAGACACCGGCAAGGGAUAUGGAAAUCCAGAAAAUCCAUUAUUGUUCUCCUGUCGCAGUGGAGCCGCCGUUAGUAUGCCGGGCAUGAUGGACACUGUCUUGAACAUUGGACUCAACAAGGAAACAGUUGAAGGUUUGGCCAAGGCCACCAACAACAAGAGAUUUGCAUAUGAUGCUUACCGUCGCCUUUUGGACAUGUUUGGCGAUGUUGUGUUGGGAAUCAGUCAUGAAGCAUUUGAGCGACGACUUGAAAUGCUCAAGAUGAAGAAAGGAGUCCGAGAUGACACUGACUUUUCGGCAGAUGAUCUCGAGGAACUUUGCGAGGCCUACUAUGAAGUCUACGCCGAGAACGACAAGUCGUUCCCAGAAGAUCCUUUUGAACAGCUCAAGGCUUGUGUCAAGGCUGUAUUUUCCUCCUGGAAUGCUGACCGAGCAAUCAAGUAUCGUGAAAUCAAUGGGAUUGCCAGUUUGCUAGGUACUGCCUGCAACAUUCAGACCAUGGUGUUUGGAAAUCGUGGAGAAACUUCAGGCACUGGCGUGGCAUUCUCUCGCGAUCCUGGUACCGGAGAAAACAAGAUGAAGGGAGAAUAUUUGAUCAAUGCCCAAGGUGAGGAUGUCGUGGCUGGGAUUAGAACACCAGAACCCAUUGCCAGAAUGAAAGAGGUGCUCCCUGAUGCAUAUGAACAAUUCAUGAGCAAUGUGGACAUUUUGGAAAAGCACUUCAAGGACAUGCAGGAUGUUGAGUUUACAGUUGAGGACGGAAAGCUUUGGAUGUUGCAGUGUAGGUCCGGAAAGCGCACUGGGCAAGCUGCGUUCAAGAUUGCUGCAGAUUUGGUAGAAGAGGGCUUGUGCACCCCCGAAGAAGCUCUGUUUAAAGUCGAGCCCGACCACGUCAAGCAAGUGCUACACCCAACAUUUUCUUCGGAGGCCCUUGAAUCGAAGGAAUACAAAGAUAACGUUGUGGCUGUUGGGCUUGCUGGAGGACCUGGAGCUGCUAUUGGAAAGUUGGCGUUUACUACGGAGGACGCUGAAGCAAGGCAAUCAGAAGGGGUGAUCCUUGUACGGGAAAACACAAGUCCAGAGGAUGUUGGAGGGAUGUGGGCAGCAAAUGGCAUUGUAACUUCUCGCGGAGGAGUAACCAGUCAUGCCGCUGUUGUCGCGCGUGGGUGGGGAAAGCCAUGUGUAUGCGGUUGCGAGCAGCUGGAGAUAGAUGAGAAAUCAAAGACAAUGACAGUGAAGAGGACAGGAGAAACUUUCACCGAGGGGGAUACCAUCUCAGUGAAUGGUAACACUGGUGAAAUUGUUCGAGUUGCCAUUGAAACAAGCUCCCCUGCCUUGGAUGGUGAAUUUGGAAAGGUGUUGGGAUGGGCUGACGCGCUUUCUGAUAAGUGCAAGGUCAUGGCCAAUGCAGACUCAGGCCCUGAUGCCACAAAGGCUGCAGAGCUUGGUGCCCAGGGAGUAGGGCUUUGCCGCACGGAGCACAUGUUCUUUGCUCCUGAGCGCCUUCCUGUUGUGCGUCGAUGGAUCUUGCGUGGAGAAGACCUUGACAAAGUGCAAGAAUUCCAAAGGACUGACUUUAGGGAAAUCAUGGCAGCCAUGGAUGGGAAGCCAGUCACCAUUCGUUUGUUGGAUCCUCCCCUCCAUGAAUUCCUCCCUCGUGUUCAGCAAGUUGAUGAUGCCAUGGCCAAAGAACUGGGAUACUCUAGUGCAGCUGCCUUGAUCAGUGACAUUGAGUCCAUGCAUGAAGAAAAUCCAAUGCUUGGUCUCCGUGGUUGCCGUCUUGCCAUUGUGCGGCCGGAAGUGGCCACCAUGCAGGCAGAAGCCAUUAUCAAUGCUGCGGCUGAUUUGAUUGAACAGAACCCAGAUGCCAAGCCCUUUCCAAGGAUCAUGGUUCCGCUUGUAGGAAGCAUUCCUGAGUUUGUGACUCAAGCUAUUAUUAUCAAGAGAACAGCUGAAAGGAUCAAAGCUGAAAGAAACAUUGAUGUCCCUUAUGAAAUCGGCACGAUGAUUGAGGUUCCCAGGGCUGCUUUGAUUUCUGACCAACUGGCAUCAGUGGUUGAUCCUGAGGAUGGACAGCCGCUUUGCAGCUUCUUCUCCUUUGGCACCAACGACUUGACUCAGAUGACCAUGGGCAUUUCCAGAGAUGAUUCAGGUGCUUUCAUUCCAACAUACCUAGAAAAUGGCAUCCUUGAGGAGGAUCCUUUCAAGACCAUUGAUGCUGAAGGUGUGGGUUGGCUGGUGCGCCACAGCUCAGUGAAUGGAAGAGCAGCCAGCCCUGGCCUUUCCCUUUCAGUUUGUGGUGAACAUGGCGGUGACCCCCAGUCCAUUGAGUUCUUUGACAAAGUUGGCUUGGACUAUGUCUCUUGCUCUCCUUUCAGGGUUCCCGUGGCUCGUCUUGCAACUGGUCAGGCUGCUGUGAAGCGUGACGGAGGUGAAUGUGACGUGAAGAGGCUCUAG